UUCAGUUAUCGUCGAGUCCCUCUCAGUGUGUCUCUGCUCAUUAUGGCAACCAGGGCGUUUCUUUCGUACAGCUAUGCUCAGACUCCUCAAAUCCCAUAUUUCAGGUUUCUCAACACCAUAUCGUUUCACAAAUCAGUCAGCCUCUGACGACAAAUACGCAUGUCUUGUUCCAUCCCAGCAUGCUACAUAGUUUCCAAAAUCAUGCGGGGUCACAAGCUCAGUUUACUAUACCACAUUCCACAUUGCCUACUGCUUCUGUUCAGAGAAUUAGUACUCCAGUAUUGUCUCCAGUUCGAACUAGUGUCUUACAGCAUGUUAUCAAUCAAGUUGCUAAAACUUCAGACGCCAACAUAACAUCCUAUCCCGUGCCUAAUCACGUAACGGAAGGUACAAACCCACCAAUCUCUACCCAAGCAGUUUCCAUUAACCCAUCAAAUAUUUGUGUUGUCCAGACCCCUGUCCAGUCUCCCCAACCCUUGCUUUGUGGUACUGUCGGCACACCUGUGUCUUCCGAAGCUCCAGGUGAUGUGACGUACUCACAACCCGUUCCAGCUGUUACUAAUGAUCAAGGUUGCUCACAGCCAAACUCAUCAGUGACCUUCCGCCAUCCUAUUAUUCCUGUCAACACAACUUCUAUGCUCCCCACACCUUCCGUUAGUGUAUCAUCCACCCACAGUCUUCCAGUAACUAACACUCACGUCACCACUUGUUCCCAAAGCGUCACAAGUACACCUAGAAAACGAUCGCAUACCUCAACACCAGGAAAUAAUAAACGUCGAAAAACUCUCGGCAGUCCACCAUGUCCUAUCGUCUCAAUCGCGAACAAAAACAUCUCCGUUCACGAAGCUUCAGUUCGCUCUUUGCAUUCCGGUGCUCAGGAACACAUUGAUAAAUUAAAAAGCGUUGAUCUAAAAUCAUUAGUCUCUGCCCCCACUCUCCAACCUUUUUCUGCAGUCCUGCCACCCACUGGUACGUGCGAUUCAGUGUUUCCUAGAGGUACUGAGGAAGUGUUUUACCACAAGCAUGGUUUGAAAUACUCUCGUGGACACAUGUCUCUUAAAUUCCCCAAGUGUAUAGAUUCGACUACCUCACAUGAAGUUAUUGAUUCAUAUCUCACACAACAUCUCAAAGUAGUGGUACCACCUGGUCCCGUGAUUUAUUCGUAUAAGUGCUCCAAGCGACCAUCUUUAGAGCACCAUUCGGUGUGUGCAUCUCCGGAACCUCCAUCAUUUGAGAAUAACAUGAAAACUCUAUUUUCGAGAAUGAAUCAGUUUGCGAAAAAGUAUCCGAAAGAUAUUUAUGAUGAAAUCAAAGUUGGGUACGACUCGUGCAAAUUGUCGGGUGAGACAAUCAUACCUCAAUCGUUGCUUCAGAUGUUUUCUCAGAACCCAUCGAAUUCUUUAGAAAGAACAGAGACAGAUAGGUGUACUCCUCCACUUGUUCUGUAUCACAUGCCUAAUCCUCGUUUGCUUUGUCAACCUAUUCAUCUGGCUCCUUGUGUUGGAAAUGGUAUGGAUUCCGGGCUUAACAAGGUUAAUGGUUCAAACAUAUCUUCUCUAAAGGUUGAAAACGAUGUAUCAGGUCAAGACCCAUAUAAAAGUGCAAUGAGUGAAUCUCCAAUAUCGAUUGAUCUGAAUCCAUGCCUUCCAUUCGUCGACUCGGAAACUGGUGAAACUAUGAUUUCACCUCAGUCAAAAUCAACCAAGAUGUCCCUAAAUCCCACUUUAAGUGAGGAUGACAAGUUACAUAUCACAUUCACCGUAAACCCUUCGGCAACUGUAAAUAUACCAAAAAUCAUCCAUCGAAUCUCAGAACUACUAGGUGUGGAAGAAAAUUCCAUCGACUGUCAAAUCACUAGAUCCGGGGCACAAAUAACUUUAGACCAAAAGCAAUCCCAAAGUGAAGUUGUAAUGCGUAACCUAGAGACGCACUUAAGACAGCAGUUCACGCCACUUUCUUUACAAUUUGAAAAGGAUUCAAGAGAUUGUUUGGCACAGGGAGUCCAUAGUUCCAGUCAUAUGCAAUCUAGCACGCUCGAACACACAUCCCAUACAAAGCUUCUUCCAUCCAGUCUGCCUCAGUUAAAUUCAUGCAAAUUAGAAUGCGAUAUUGUUGGCAAAACUGACUACAGUUCAGUUUAUACACAGGAGACAUGUCGUUACUCUGAAGAACCCGUCAGCAUCACUUCUAUACUUGCCAACAAGAGCCGGUCUGCGAAAUCAUGCAAAAAGUGUGGUAAGCCAGUCUCCCCUCAUAUAAUGCAGCGCAAAUGGUUAGAUGAAUUGUGUUCAGUCAGUGGGAUAUCUAUGAGUUUUAAUAAUGCAGUGGAUCUUAUGUUUUGCUCUAGUGACUGUUUGUAUGGUUUUGCCCAGCUUUUGUCUCGUCAUCGAAAUAAGUACUCGGAUACGUCACUGGAUUAUUCGUCACAAACAGAUAUAUUAAACACCAAAGAUUGUUAUAGUUUCGAUCAACAGCGACAGCUUAUAAUGACUGACCUCCCGUGUUCUGUGCCCAUAUUACUACAAAAUACCUUGUCGAAGUCGAAACCUAAUCUCAAACGUCAGCAUCCUCAGCAGUGCGUUGCAAAUAAGAAGCGUCUCACAAACACUACAGUUCUCUCCAAAUUUAGAAAGUGGCAAGGUAUCCGGUGGAGAUCGUAUGUGUCCGAUACUCACCAUUUGUCAGACAUGCCAUCCAAACGUAGUAUGGUCGAUGAUACCCUCAGUCCUUCCAGCAGUAAUCCCGCAGUCAUGUGUGCUCCACAUUCUGACGACAAACGAGUGUGUGAUUUGUGCCAAGGAGCUGGAGAUGCUCCUGAAGACGGUGCUGGUCGUUUACUUCCUCUAGACCUCGAUAAUUGGAUACACAUUAACUGUGCAUUAUGGUGUUAUGAAGUUUAUGAAACUAUUGGUGGGUCCCUAAAUAACUUGGAUGUCUGGUUAGCUAAAGCGAAAGAGACAGUUUGUACACAAUGUGGUUUACUUGGUGCUGGUUUGCCUUGUUAUAAUCCAAAAUGUUCCUACGUUUAUCACGUACCAUGUGCAAUCAGAAUACGAUGUAUGUUUUUCACGGAUCGUGGUAUGUAUUGUCCUCAACACCAACCUAAAGAGAUCCAUCCAAUGCAGUUAUCUUCUCUAGUGGUCAGCCGACGUGUAUACAUUAACCGCGAUGAAAAUAGCCAAGUAGCUCGUGUGGUGCAUGAAGAUAGUGAUAAACACGUUGUCCGCAUCGGAGGAGUAUUUUUGCACUCCAUUGGUCAGUUAUUACCACACCAAAUUGACAGUGGAAACUUUCAUAACCGUCGAAAUAUCUAUCCUCCUGGGAUGUGUUCCACUCGAAUUUACUGGUCAAUGCGCCGACCGCGUUCUCGAGCAAAAUAUGUCUGUGAAAUAUUGGAAAAAAACUGUCAUCCAUUUUUCCGCAUAACAGCAAUUGAUAGAAAUAUGGAAAAUGUGUCUAUUACACACGAGACUUGCGACGGAGCUUGGCAGAUAAUUCUGUCACGAAUUGAGGCCCUUUGUAAGGAACACAAAUUGGUAAAACUUUUCCCACAACUUUUAAGAGGUGAAGAUUUGUUUGGAUUAAAUGAAUCUCAUGUAGUCCGUGCCAUAGAAUCUCUUCCAGGUGUUGAUAGCUUGAGGGAUUACGUUUUUAAUUUUGGACGUCUUGAAUUGAUAUCUGAAAUGCCGUUGGCCAUAAACCCAUCAGGAUGUGCACGGUCAGAGCCAAAAAUGCAAACGUAUGUGAAACGUAUGCACGAUGCUGGUGAAUAUUCCAUCCCGUUCAGUCAUCGAACGGGUCUGCCGGGUGUUCGACGUUUAUUUCAUUCAGGUUUCAGUGGAUCAACUUGUAGCAAUAGUGUAUAUAAUAUGGAUAGUACGGCAUCAAAACAUCAGAGCAGUCGUUCUCAACAGUAUCGAAAAUUAAAGACAGAAAUUAAUUCCAAUGUUAUACUUGGUCGAUCGCGUAUUCAAGGAUUGGGUUUAUUUGCUGCACGUGAUUUGGAACAACAAACCAUGGUGAUCGAAUACGUAGGAGAGUUAAUCCGCUUAGAGAUAGCCAAUAAAAGAGAAAAAAACUAUGAAGCUCAUAACAGAGGCAUCUACAUGUUUCGUCUUGAUGAUGAUACAGUAAUUGAUGCGACUGUUUGUGGAGGACUAGCUCGAUAUAUUAAUCAUUCCUGUCAACCAAACUGCUUCGCCGAGUUCGUCAACUUCGGUGGUCAUUCACAUAUUGUGAUAAUUACUAACAGACGGAUCAAAAAGGGUGAAGAGUUAUGUUAUGACUAUAAUUUUGAUCUUGAAGAUAAAAGUGACAAAAUUCCUUGCCUUUGCAGAGCUCCAAAUUGUCGGAAAUGGAUGAACUAA